UCUGGGAAAUGUAGUCUCCCGUCGCAUCGAACUACGUCAGCGGAAGUGUUUUGGUGUGUUAGCUAAGAGCUCAGUAGCAUGUUUGUAGGUCAUAACGAUAAGUAAAACAUUUAACAACGUAAUGGAAAAUACCAAACAAGAAGUUCAUCUGAGGCAUGUGGAGCUGGACGUCCUCAUCCCGAAGAUGAUGAGAGAGAAAGCGAGGGAGCGCUGUGCAGAGCAGGUUCAAGCUUUCACCCAUUGCUGUAAAGAAUCUGGUUUCUUAAUGGUGUUCAAAUGUCGAGAGGAAAAUGCUGCCUUAAAAGAUUGUCUUAUAAAACACUAUCAAGACCCAGUCUUUUUUGAAGAGUGUAAGAAGGAGUAUAUCCAGGAGAAGUUGGAAUUUGAAAGGACUGGUAUCCCAAGCAAGCAGAGAAAACAAAAAUUGCCAACUAGCAUGUGAUGAGAGUUCAUGAUCUGAGUUGAAACCUUUAAUGUAUAAUAUGGGCAGGGGCAGUGAUCAAUGGCAGCAAAAAUAUUGAUAUUCUAAUUAUAAAAAUAAGAAUUUACUUUGGACAAUGACUGCAACUUCUUUCAAUUUUUUGCAAUAUUUUGUGUGUUUCUUUUUUUUAAAUUGACUACCAUUUUGAUGCUUGCUCAUCUUUCAGCUAUUUUACCUUGAAAAACAGGUAUAUUGAGUGUAAAUGACAGAUGUAUAGUAAAAUUGUGUGCUUCAAUAUUAAUAUUUUUGAGUUUAAAAAUAAAGAGUGACUAAUCUCA